UAGGUCCCAGUGGGUGCCCUGGGGGCGACGUGGCCGAGCUGCACCACUGGUCCAACUGGAAGCACGUGCAGAUCCCAGACUUAGCUCUCUCUAAAGUACCGAGCCAGUGCCCCCGGACGCCUGGCCGCGCGCUCAACUCUUCCGUGCCUGGGAUGGUGCCUUGAGCUGCCGACACCCCGGAGAGCCUUCUCAGCCGCAGACCCGGUCCUCACCCCGCCUCUUCUGCACAGACACACACCGCUGUCUCCCCCAAGGCUUCCAGAAGCUCUGAAGCGGGAGGCCCCCAGUUCCACCUCAUGACUGGGGCAUCUCACUAGCCAUGGCCCCCGUCCUCGGCUUCCUGCUGCUGCUGGGGCUGUGUGGGGACACCGUUUCAGAGGGGCCGCUGACAUCCACAGACAGGUCUGUUGGGUUGAAAUUUGAAUUUCCGCCGGUGAAGUACGAGACCGAAGAGUCUUAUGAAGCUGGACCCAUCAACAUCCUCUUCCAGAUCGUGCACGUCUUCCUCCACCUGGUGCAGCCCAACCCUUUCCCUGAAGAUAUUUUAAGAAAAGUUAUACAGAAGAAGUUUGACCUCUCCAAGGAUUAUGAGAAGAUUAUCUACUAUGAAAUCGGGAUUAUUAUCUGUGCUGUCCUGGGGUUGCUGUUUAUUAUCCUAAUGCCUCUGGUGGGGCUUAUCUUUUGUUCCUGCCGUUGCUGUAACAAGUGCGGUGGAGAAAUGCACCAGCGACAGAAGAAAAACGGAAACUUCCUCAGAAAGUACUUUGCCGUUUCCCUCUUGGUGAUAUGUCUACUUAUAAGCAUCGGUAUCAUCUAUGGUUUUGUGGCAAAUCAACACAUGAGGACUCACAUCGGGAAGACUUGGAAAUUGUCAGAAAGUAAUUUCAAGGAUUUGAGGACGUUCCUGAAUACAACUCCGGAGCAAAUCGACUAUAUAGCAGAGCAGUAUACCACCACUAAGGAACGGGUGUUCUCGGACCUGGACAAUAUUAAAGUGUUGCUGGGAAGCAGAAUUUAUCAACAGCUCAAACCUAAGUUGAUCCCUAUGCUGGAUGACGCCAUGGCCAUUGGUGAAGAAUUGAAAACGCUCAGAGAAUCCCUGGUCCAAGCGAACCUUAACUUAAUGGACACGAAACAGUCACUGACACAACUUGGCCACAACCUGAGUGACGUGAGAAGGGGCUUGGAGCAAACCCUCUCUGACUCCACGUGCCAUGCGGAUCCAGUGCAAACCACCUGUAAUGACAUCAGGAGCAGUCUAGGCCUUGUGAACGUCAGCAUCAAUCCUGAUCAGCUCCCAUCUUUGGAAGAGCAUAUUAAUAAUCUUACUGCUGUUCUUCGAACAAAUUUGACCGCCCUGGCCCACCAGGGCUAUAAUUAUCUUUAUACCAUACCUGAGAGAGUGCAAAAUGAAACUGUGAACAUCAUAGCAGAUGUCAAAAGGGCCUUGAAUUCCAUUGGUUCAAAUAUCGAAACUGCGAGCCAGGGGUUUCCUAUUCGGGACAGGCUGUCGUAUUUCAGUAGCUACCUUAAGAAAGCGGAAGAUUACAUCCACCGCUAUUUACGUGUGUUGGAGGAAUAUGAUCUAUACAGGUGGCUGGGCUGCUUGGUUGCCUGCUGUUUGCUGACCCUCAUAGCGACUUUUUACUCCCUGGGCUUGCUGUGUGGCACAUACGGCUACGACCAGAGCGCCAGCCCAACCGGCCGAGGCUUCAUCUCCAACACCGGAGGCGUCUUUCUCAUGGUCGGAGUUGGAUUUAGUUUCUUCUUUUGCUGGCUAUUGAUGACCCUCGUGGUUCUUUCUUUUGUCCUUGGUGCAAACAUGGAAAAACUGGUCUGUGAACCUUAUCAAAGCAAAAAGUUAUUCCAGGUUUUGGACACACCGUAUUUACUGAAGGAGGAUUGGAAAUACUAUCUCUCCGGCAUGAUAUUCGACAAUUCGGAUAUUCAGAUCACUUUUGAACAAGUUUACAGUGAUUGCAAAGAAAAUAAAAGCAUUUAUGCCACACUUAAGCUAGAGCACGCCUACAAUAUCACUGACCAGGUCAACAUUACAAAGUAUACCGGAGACAUAUACAGCAGUUUUGAAAAUAUGAAUAUAAGUAUUAAGAAUGUAAUGAAGGUGGAUGAGGAAGGAAGAAGAAACCUGAGGGCUUUCCACUCCUUAGAAUUAGACAAAGUAGACUAUGCUGCCAUCAUGGCUGAGACGGCUAAACCUCCCACACAAGUGAAUCUUCUGACAUUUGCAGAUAAUCUAGAUGCAAAGGCCAGUAAUUUGACCCCUGGAAAUUUGAAAAACUCCCUGAGAAGUCAUGCAGAAACUUUAAGAAGGAUUCAUGACGUCCAAGUCGUUCUUUUGCAAAGAUUAUUGAGCGCUGUGUACCAAUGCAUGCAGGAACUUCAACAGAAAACCACUGGAUUGGGGGUGAGAAUGCAAAAUAUCCUUUUCUUUGUGAAUGAUACUCAGAACUUUGUCACAAACUUGAUCACCGCAGUCGUUCACGAAGAAAGGAGGAAGUAUGUGACUACGAUACUGAGCUACUUCGAACAGUAUCUGCAGUGGGUCAAGCACUCGGUCACCGAGCAAAUCGCAGCCUGCAAACCGGUGGCCACCGCUUUAGAUUCUGUGGUUAACAUCUUUCUGUGCGGCUACGUCAUUGACCCCCUGAAUUUGUUUUGGUUCGGCAUAGGAAAAGCUACCGUAUUGUUACUUCCGGCUCUAAUUUUCGCUGUAAAGCUGGCCAAGUACUACCGUCGAAUGGAUUCGGAAGACGUGUAUGAGGACGGAAAGGUAGACAAGUAAGAUGCUGGGGGAUCCUUUUCUCAGUGGUGCCACCUUCCAGGAGCUUUUGCUAAACAAGGGCUCUGAUGAGGGUAAACUGGACUGUUUUUUAAGGCGGCAGGAUGUUUUCUUUGAAAUGUUUUCCUUCCUGGGAUGUUUUCUUUGUACCGAUGUUCAUAGGCUUAUUUGAAUUCUUCUUCCACUUGUUUCACCGUCUCAGCUUCCUUAACCAGCCUUCUUAUUUCUUGUUUGCAGUUCCUCUGUCUCGGGGACUUGGCACUUGACUUUAUAACUCUAUUUACUCGUUUUCAUUCUGACUCUAUGGCCCACCCUUCACUCUGUCUCGUGAACUUGUGUUCAGAAUGUGUUCAUUUUCGCCUCCUUCUCAAUACUCGUGUCUCCUGAAUUGGCUCUGUCAGCAUCUGUAUUAGAGUAAAAAUAUGGAGGUUGCAGCUAUUGAGGUGUAAUGGGAAUUAAAAAUAACUUCAUCUCCCUUUUUGUACUUUAUAAUGUUGAAACUACAUGCAUGAAAUAGUAAGCCUUUUCUUUUUUAAGCUAUAUUUACCAGGUAGGACGGGGAGGGUUUUCUUAUUAGACGAUGAACUUUUCAAAUUAAAUGAAUAUAUUAAAAUCAUGUAACAACAGAUAUGUCCAGAUAAAAAUAAAUGCGGAUGCCUCUUAAAGUGAGAGGUAACCCUUGGAAAAUACUGAAGAAAUACUUGUUGAAUUAAUGAAAAUGUUCCGUGUUAAAGUUAUGAGUGUAUGAAAUUGUUGUUUCGAGCGUUAGUUUUUAAAGAGAACAGAAUGUAAAUACCCCUUUUUACUUUGUAGAUUUGACAAAUUGUUGUGUACUCUUUUUAGCCGUGAUGUUGGCGUUGCCAUCCAACGAUGUACAUACUUCCUCUCAGAGAUAACAUGGUGUUUUGGGGGGUGUAUUUAUUUUUGUUAUGGAAAAUGGUAGUAUUAGUUUUCAUAGACAACAUCAAGCCACUCAGACAGAUUGGACGUGGUCCGCCCUUCACUCUCUCUCCGUCCAGUAACCCUGUAUUCAGAAUUUGUUCAUUUUACUCACGUCGCCUCCUUCUCAAUCUGUGCAUCUUCCAAAGUUGCUUUGUCAGCAUCUGGAUUAGGGUAAGAAUGUGGAGGGCGCAGCUAUUGAGCUGCAGUGGUAAUUCAAAAUAAUUUCAUCUCCUUUUCUUGUAUUUCAUGGUAUUGGAACUAUACCAUGAAAAUGUAAGCCCUUCUUUUUUAAGCCGUGUAUUUAUAAGGUAGGACUGGGAAGCGUUUUAUUAUUAGAAAUGAACUUUUACACUACAUGAAUAUAUUAAAAUUACAUAGCAGCAAAUACGCCUGGAUGAAAAUAAAUGCUGAGGCCUCUUAAAAUGAGAUCUGUCUAGCACUUGGAGAGUACCGAAGAAACGCAUGUUGAAUUAAUGAAAAUGUUCUAAAUUCCAUUUAUUCCUGUAUAAAAAUGGCUGUCUUGAUCUUUGGUUUUUAAAGGGAGCAGGAUGUAAAUACUCCUUUUUACUUCCCUUGUAGAUGUGACAAGUUGUUGUAUACUUUUUAUGGCCAUGCUGUUGGCUUUGUAGUCUAUGAUGUAAACACUUCCCCUUGGAGAUAACAUGGUGUUUUGUUUUGUGGGUAUUUAUUUUUGUUGCAGUAUGGAAAAUGGUAGUAUUGGUCUCUAUAGGCAACAUGGAGCCACUCAGAUUAAACAAAGUUUUUAAACACAUCCAACGGCACGAAUUCUUCAUCUGCAACGUCUGCCAAUCUUGGAAAAGAAACCUUCCCUUCCGGACUUGACAGAGCUCAGUGAGACCACACCAAGGGGCCUGAGAGUGGACGGCACGCGCGCCUGCUUUUUAGAAGCUCUGCUUGAACCAUCUGAGCCUUCUGUGAAAGUUUCCAUAUGUAACACGUUCAUUAAUUCCCAGUUUAGCCUUUGGAACAAGACAGGAAUUUGGGCACAAGUCAUCACAUGAGAUCUUAGACGCCUCGUUAGGGAAAGUACAGCCGAUAGCAGAUAUGUGUGUGAACAAUAAAAGGAUGGUUUC